AUGACUGAGGAUUUUGAGUUCAAUGAUGAUGACUGCACCUACUCUCAAGGUAAACAUGGCCAAAACGUUUCAUUCUCUGAGAAAGUCCAUAAUAAGCUUGAUUUUGAAUGGAGGUGCGUUGUUGUUGUCAAAUUGAUGGGGAAACCCAACUCGACGAACACUUUUGAUUUCAUGCUUAGAGGUCUCAGAAGGAAGUGGCACGUGAAAGGGGGUUGGCAGCUUAUUGACCUACCUAAUGAUUUCUAUAUUGUGAAAUUUAACCUGGAAGAGGACAUGAACUAUGCUCUGUGUGGAGGUCCAUGGAUCUUGACUGGCCAAACUCUUAUUGUUAGGAAAUGGAGACCUGAUUUUGACCCCAUGAAGGAAUUCAUUGGGAAGAUGGCCCUCUGGGUGAGAAUCUUUGGUUUACCGAUCAAAUUCUUCAAGGACUUCAUUGUGGCAAAAAUUGGUAAAAUCAUUGGAGAUGUGGUUAAAGUUAACAAGCUCACUGUGGGCCAAGCUAGAGGACAAUUUGCUAGGGUGUGCAUUGAGGUUGAUCUUAAUUAG